UUAUAUGUCCGUAUAAUACUCUUUGACAUCACUGCACCCUUGUCACUUUUUGAAAGCAAGUCAACCAUAAGAGAGGUAUAGGUAGGCUACCUGAGAUCCAGAGAAAUUUUGCUUUUUAUCUUCAAUUUUGCCGGAUCUAUCCCAAUUUCUAAAGAUGGCAGCUAACUUAUUGUUUUCCGAAGAUCAAAUAAAAGAAUACAAGACAAAAUUCGAUGCCUUUGACAGGAAUAGCGAUGGCAACUUCCCUACUAUGUUCUUGGGAAAUGCGAUGAAAUCAGUGGGUCAUGUCCUUACUGCGGCUGAGCUUGAAAAUUCUAGACGUGAUCGUAAGGGAACUACUACAUUUCCUCAGUUUUUGGCGAUGAUACUAGAUAAGAAAUGCCGCAAAGUUUUCAAAGCCAUGGACAAGGAUGACAAGGAUAAACUUCUCAGUGCUGACGAGGUGCGUCAAGCGAUGUUAAGCUUUGAUCGACAGAUAACGGAGGAUAAAAUCAAGGAAAUGAUCGAGAAAGCCGAUUUUACUAAUGACGGUAAAUGCAGCUUAGAAGAAUUCGUUAAGAUGAUGAUGAAUUUUUGUUAGGAUGAUGAUGGAUUGUACUCGGUGAAGAUGAUGACCGCUAUCCUCUACUUCAGCAGCGACAACUUGUCCCUUUUAUUCUUCUUGAGGACUCUUCGGGAAAGGGUGAUACAAUCGUCUCGUAUCAGAUUUCAUUAUGUUCCGGUAAUUUUGUUCGAAAUUCCAUUCACUUUAUUUCUUUACAUUUUUGUCAUAAUACCCAGGGUGCCUUUCAAAUGUUAGUGUACUCCUUCCAAGAAUAAAUGUUGCGUUUUUUCUUCUUCUGAAAGCCAACUAUUAGUAUUUCAUUAUAUGAUACCUUUGACAUCAUGAUUUUAUUCAUUCGUUUUUUUAUAGUCGUCUUGACUGUGGUUAGGAAGUAGAUCUAACCAUGGAGUUACAUGGCCUAACACCAAAGAACAUCCAUGUCCGAAAAGUGACAUGGUACACAAGGGAGAAGAGAAGUUUUAACUUUCUUAAUUCUUGAUAGGCGGUAAAAGCACUUAUCUUAAAUUAAUUAAAUGAUAUUUUAUGUGGAGGUGUCGUAGGUCAUUCAAUUGACUCAUUGAAUGCUCCCCAUGGAGUGGAGAUUGCGUACACAGUGUGUGCGGGAAAGUAUUAAAUCCAAUGACUAGGGUAAUAGUAUUAUCUGUAAAGCGCUUAUAUAGAGACAUUUGUGUUAAGCGCUAUAUAAAAGCGGAAUAUUAUUAUUAUUAUUGAGUUAAACUUAAUGGUUUAUUGAGCAUACUGGAAACGGCAGCACGAGGGCUGAAAUACUUUCAUUUUACUUGAAGCACAUCGCAAUGUUUAAACAGAUAUUACAUAACGCUUCCGAGAAUACAUUCAAAGAUAAAAUUAAUAGGAUAGAAUAUUAUGACCCAAAAUACCCCUCUCAGUCUGGACAUCUAGGAAGAUUUAGGAAUAGAGCUAUUCAUCCGUAUUAUUUUCAAGUAAUUUUAAUUUAUUUUUUUAUGUUCAUGUGUAUGUAUUAUGUUUGUUUAUACGAUGAUGAAACCAAACCAAACCAAACCAAACCAAACCGAACCAAUCCAAGGCUUGAGAGUCCGGCACCAACGUCCUUUGAAAAAAUGCAUUAAUCCAACAUUUGCCACUCUCCACCCAGGUGUAAAUGGGUACCUCGCAAAUAAAAUUGAAGGGGUAAUGUUAAUUGCAGGGCCCGCGGGAACAGCAGUAUUAAUACUUAUGUUGCUACCCUUAGUAACAAAAAAAUAAUAAUAAUCAUUAUUAUUAUAUGGCGAUAUCACUUACAGUGAAGUGGAGAAAAUGGGUAUAUGUAAACAAUUGCAUAUUUAGUUUGGUGCAAUGUAUAACCAUGCAAUGUUCACUAAAUAAAACUCUGCUAAAUAAUACUCUGGUAUUAAUACAACCCAGUUUGUAUGUUGUAUUUGAAAAUAAUGUUCUAGUAGUUUUUAGAAAUGAAUACCCUUAAUUCAUGGAAUUUAUUUGCUGUAAAGAAUGAAUCAUGUAUUUUAAAAAAGAAAAUCAAA